AUCCAGAUUGUUGAAAUUGUGGAAGCUUCACCUCAUGUUAAUGUUGGACAAUCAAACAAUGAUCACUGCGAGAUUGAGCUUCAGAGUACUCAUCAGCAAUGCUUAGAAAUUAGUGAAGAGAUUGUGAAGUUGGAUUCACUUCACAAUUUUGAAGGAGUGAAGGGGAGUACUGUUGACAAGUCUAGCUGCGACUUGUCUCAUCACAUGCUGAUCUUCGCAGGAUAUGGCAAAUUCAUGAUCCGAAAGUUAGUAUGCAAGGAACCAACUAUUUUCCUCCUUGCAGUUGCAGCAAUAUUGUCGUUUGUCUUUGGAAUCAAAGAAGAAGGUGUGCAGAAUGGUUGGUUUGAAGGAGCACUUCUGGUUGUGAUUAUAUUUGUGAUUGUUUUGUUUAAGGUAGCACGUAAUUGGUACAAAAGACACAUUUGGAAGAAGCAAAAUGAGAACAGAGCAAGGAAGGACCAGCCGUUUAUUGCAGAAACGGACUCCAGUUUCUGUGCCGACUUUGACAAGUUGAAUAAUUACAUACAUAUUAGUGGGCUGUCGAUUGGCAUUUUGAUCAGUGUGGUGCUGUUCAUUCGCUUUAAAUUGGGCUAUAAAGAUGAUGAUAACGGAUAUAGAUUGGAAAUCAAGGAAGAACCCACUGAAAUUGCACGGAUAAUGAAUGCUGUGAAGAAGGUUUUGACAGAAUCAAAGGGAACAGUGAGAGUUAUGAUAACUUCUCUUGGUAUCUCACUGGUGGGGAUAACUGAAGGAGUUCCAUUUCUUAUUUCAAUAGCAAGGGCAUACUGGUAUCCAAUUUUUGAUGUUAAGAUGGAACCAGUCAACACCAUCUGUAUAGAAAAAGUUUGCUGGUUGAAAGAGCAAAAAUUGAAAGUUACUCAGUUUCUUCUUGACAAAAAAGAUGUUACCAAGAUACCCCCGCAGGUCUACAGUGUUCUCUCUGCUGGAAUUGGUGUGUCCCCUCUGACUUCUCAAACAGCCUACCACAGAGUAGAACAAGCAAUACUCUGUUGGGUAGAGAAGAACAGCGGUAUGCAUAGAGACUCUUCCAAUCAGCAGUUCACCAAAGACAACGAUGAUGAGAUGAAUCCUUUUGAAGGACCUUGUAGAGUUGUCAUGGAGAAAAAUGGAAAUAAUGGGAAAGAGUACUAUUCAUAUUUCAAGGGCCCUACUGAUUCAAUAUUGUCAAUGUGUUCAAGUUACUAUGACACGACGGGUGAAUUGCAUGAUUUGGAUGACGGAACAAAGAGUGGCAUUGCUCAAGCUAACAACAACAACAUGAAGGUAGUUGCAUUUGCCUUCAAACACACUCAUGGCGUUGCAGAACUUGAUGAAAAUGGCCUAACAUUCAUCGGUAGGUUUGUCUUAGAAGAUACUUUCAAUCUAGACAACAUGAGGCAAGGAAUUGAUAAUCUGAAAGAAGGCGGAGUGAAGAUGAUAUUUGCCUCGGAAGAAGAUGUUGAAGUGCUUUGUACCAUUGUUGAUGAAACAGGAUUGCUCAACUCACGUGAAGCUCUAGUAGUUAGGGGCGAAGAUGCUACAAAGGAAAUCGUUGAUAAAAUUUGCAUUAUGGGAAAUUCCUCUCCCACAUGCAUGCUUCUUUUAUUAGAGCAAUUGAAGAAAAGAGGAGAAGUGGUGGCUGUGGUAGGAGAACAAGCAUCUGAAAGUAAUGUGGUUCUUGAAGCAGCUCAUUUUAGCCUGCCUGUGGUGACUAACUGGCCUGAAACUAUAACUUAUGUGAUUAACAGCAUCAAGGGAGGAAGAAUUGUUUGUGAGAAUAUGAGGCAAUUCAUCCAAGUUGAGGUAAUCUUGGCAAUCUGUAGCUUAUUGAUAAACUUCAUACUCGUUAUAUUGGACGGAGAUGGUCCAUUAACAGUCAUUCAGUUGGUAUGGGUUAACCUUCUUGUAAAAUUUAUUGGAGGGCCAGCUUCGCUAAUUACUCAACAGGCCACAAGACAACUAAGGGAUGAGCAUUUUAUCAUAUCAAGAAAACCACCAAUUACCAACGCUAUGUGGAGAAAAAUACUUUUUCAAGCUUCCUAUCAGACUGGCAUUUUUGUAUUCCUUCAACACAGAGGAAGUGCAAUACUCGGCGUCACUUCAAAAGUUAACAGAUCUAUAGUCUUUAACGGGUUCGCUCUGUGCCACCUUUUUAACAUAUUCAGUGCAAGCGAUUUAGAGCAGAAGAAUUUUUUCAAAGGUCUUGGUCAAAAUUACUUGUUUUGGGCAUUGUCUGGGCUCUAUCUUGUGUUGCAGUUUGGAUUCAUUGAAGUAGAGGUUGUCUUUAGCAACACGGCUCGACUGAAUUGGAAGCAAUGGAUUGAAUCCAUUUCAAUUGGUGUUGUCACAUGGUUGAUUGAUGUGAUAGUAAAAUGGGCAUCACAGUACAUAAAGAUAAGCAAAUAUUGUGACUGUGGAGUUCUUCAUCCAGCCAGAAACUGGUUACAGAAUUGGUUUGCUAGAAUCAACUGCUGUGACAGUGGACUAACAAGUACACCAAAUUCCACCCUUGCCUCCUUGGAUACUCCAAGAUCCACUAGCGGAACUUAAGGUACUACACAAAUUUAUCCACGCUCUACCUCAUUACACUAAGUUCAAACAAAAGUCUUUCCCCUUUUCUUUUUAAAAUUUUGGAUUCAAGUUCUAAUUAUUGUUCUUUUGCAGGGCCGGAAAAUAAAUAUCACAUGUCGUGUGAAACCAACCAAGCAUAGAGGUAAUACUUUGAUGGAU